CGGGAGAAACGAGAGGAGAUACUUACGUCGGCUCUUCAAGAUAUUGACAAACUCAUUCUAUCAAAGAAGACUAAUUUUGUGAAUGGUCAUGAUGGUCUGCAGGCAACGCGAGCCCGUUCAAUUCGUUCGACAUUGACAAUGGUGGUGGAGAGGAAGAAAGGAUUGAUUGAUGCAUCACGCAUUGCUGCUGAGGCUCAUAACUUUGCUGUUGAAUGGGGUUCCCGUUGCAUCCGUCGCUGGACGCAGGACUGGAUAAAGACCAGGGAACUUCCUCAUUCGAAUCGAGGGCGACAUGCCAAGGUCUAUUCACUUUUGAGUGAUCCCACUGCUCGAGAUGCAAUAAGGGCAUAUCUGCGUACAAAUAAAUGGUCACUCGAUCCUCCGAAAUUGAAAAAACUAUUUGCGAACGAGCUUGCACCUGAUGAGGCACAUGAAUAUUCCAGACAAAUCAUCUCUCAAGAGAUGCCCCGGGGACUCAAAAGCUUCGUUGAAGAGACCCUCCUGCCGAGUAUGCAAUGCAAGCCCAGUCAUCUCGGUCUCUCAUUGUCCAGCAUGCGGCGUUUGAUGCUUCGAGAAGGAUUUACCUAUAAAGGAUGGGUUCUCGAAGAUAAUCAGCCACUGAAGAAGAAAGGUCCUGGUCGCGGAAUUCAUCAAAGUGAUUUUAUUUGCUCAACGGUUGGAUGGCUUAAGGAUGCCAGUGUCACCCUCGAGUAUGGAAAGAACCAUGAAGGAUUUUGGAAUUGUGAAUUAUUUAUCAAGCAGCUGAAGGAGAAGUUCUUUCCUGCUUUCCGAGCAGCUCAUGGUCCUGGGUAUAUUGCUGUGGUACUUGUUGAUAACUCACAAGGACAUGCAGCAUAUGCAAAGGAUGCUCUAAGGGUUUCCGAAAUGGGAUUUCGUCCUGGUGGAAAACAAUGCCGAAUGCGAAAUGGUUGGUUCACUCGCAAUGGACAAAAAAUUGAUCAAUCAAUGCUAUUUCCACCUGACCAUCCUCAAUAUCCUGAUCAGCCAAAAGGUAUGCAGCAGCGCUAUCUUCGUGAACACUGUGAUUAUACCUUUCAGACCUUGCGUGAAAAUAUGCCAAAGGCCUUGGCUUCAAUCAAGAUCGAGUUGAUUCGAAAGUGGGAGCAUCGGGCUUGGAGAUUUAUUGAUGCUUACAGUGAUGGAUUGGGGGCUAAAGAUGCGGUGACCCAAGUAAAGAAGUUCAGCUCACGUCGCUAUACUUCUCACCGUCGCAUUCCUGAAUCACUGGCUCGAGCAAUGGAUCAGUAG